UUACAGCAUGCCUGUUUGCCACCACCUUUAGGACGUGCUUUAUAUUAAUGUGGCCGUUUAAACACAUAAAUAAAGCUGAUGUUGAUUCUGGAGAGUAAAAGUUUGGAAAAAUGAUGGCUUCCUGUGUACUAUGUCGACGGAUGCCCAGGCUACGCUGCCUCCCGGCCUUGAGAAAGGAAUUCAUCCAGGCUCAGCAUGUGCAUGUCAAACGAUUGGAUGAGACUGAUGAUCUUGAAGGAAAGGAAGGAGUAUUGCAAGACCAGGAGGCCUCUUUACUACAAGGAUACAGGCUGCUUUACAACCCUACCUCAUACCAUCACUCUAUGUGGAACUCUGCAGCCUCCAUGGACAAUGAGGAGGAUGAACAGUGUCCCUCCUCUCUAACAUCUACCUUCUGCCAACAGAGCAAUCACUACAAUGUGAGUUGCUCUCGAUAUCUCUCCAGCUCAAAAAACACUCUUCUUGACACAGCCUUCAACAAAAGCCCUGAACUGGAGACCCCGUCAGUGUUAUCCCACCACAGAAAACCCACGACGCCAGAUGAUGCAGUAGAUAUACGUGCCUUCAUUAAAUGUAGGUCAGCGUAUGCUGCUGUCACCCUUGACCUUACCCUGAGGCCUUACCCGAUCCAAUGGGAAGAGGCCGUUCUGCUGCUGAAAAAAGUGGCUGAUUUAAAGGGCAGCUUGAAAACAUCUGAUGUGUCUCAGAUUUUUACAGAGCUCAGCCGCUUACAUCCAGACAAGAUGUCAUUAGUGAGGAGUGAUCAGCGCUUCAUCAUGCUCCUUCGAUAUUCUGUGGAACUACUUCGCCUCUUUACUGAACGUGAGCUACUGGAGGUGUUGCAGGCAUUCGUGUGGCUGGACAUGCCCUCCAAACACGCGGUCCUCAGUCUGUAUGAGGCUGAGUUGACCCGCCGGGUCCACCGGAUGAACUUAGACCAUCUGCUGUUAGCUGCUUACUUGUGGCGCUGCAUUGGAAAGAGGGUCCCCCAGUUCUUAACCCACCUGUACAAGUCAGUUCUUCUGAAUCUGGGACAAAUUGGAGUCCCUGAGCUGGUGCAACUUUUGUUUAUAAUGGGAGAGGGCAGAAAGUGCCCAACAGACUUAAUCCGUCCUCUAGAACAGCUUCUAAUGCUACAUUUACCACAAUUGUAUCCAGAGGAGGUUGGUAUUGUAUGUUUGGGGCUCUUUAAGUCCCAGACGUCAAUAUCUGAAACUGCUGUGACUUGUAUUGUUGAUAAGGCUCACUCUGUAGUGGAGGAGAUGAGUGACUUUGCUAUGGUCAAUGUACUGAAAUUCCUGCGAUUCAGUUACCUGUAUCACAGGCUUUGGAUGGAGGCAAUGGCCCAGGAAGUCCCUCGACGGGCCCACAGGAUGGGAAUCCAGGGACUAAUGCAUGUGGCACUGACCUGUUCAGCGCUGCACUGUCACAAUGAUAACAUCCUGAUGGCAAUUGCAGAGAGAGUUCCCUCCCUUGCGUCGCACUGCAGGAUUAAAGACUCUUGCAAACUGCUGUGGGCCUUUGGGACAUUAGGGUUUCAAUCAGUUCAGAGCUCGAGUUUCUAUCCUAGCCUAAUAGCAGCCCUGAGGCAGAGGAAAGCUGAAUUCCAGCGAUACCCAGAGCAUCUGCUAACUGGCCUUCUAGGCUUGGUCUUUGUCUCUCAGUUCCCAAAGGACUUAAUCGAAUUGGCUUUGAGUCCUGACUUUGUCAACUUAGCACUGAAAUCCAAACAGCUGGAGCUGAAAAAAGACUUGCUCACUUUAGAUGGAGCUGUGGCGCUGGAGUUGCCUCAGUGGACCGGCCCACGGCUGUGCUCUGAACUUAAAGAGGAUGUGGCAAAAAUGCUGUGGAAGUUUGCUCAAUCAGAUGUUUGCCUGAAACCGGAGGUUCAGGAGGCAGAGUCUGCUCUGCAGGAUCUCCUUGGAGGAGAGAGGUAUGUACAUAAGAGAAUGAUUCUGCCCCACACUCGCUCCAUCGACCUGGAAGUACAUUUGGACUCCACUGGACUGCCUAUACCUGUGAACCCAGAAUCCCACGCACCCACUGCACCUCAUGAGGACAGUUCAACCAAAUCCCCUCCUAACCAGGGUUGGGGAAAGAAGAAUUUAGGAGUGACAUUAACUGAUGAUCUAUUAGCACAGCUAAUGAAUUCCAAAAAAUCCACUGAACCUUUAACCUCCUCUUACAAGGUAAAACCUACAUCUCUUCACAGAGUGGAUCAAGAUGAAGGUGAUAGUCUUUUUAAUACAGGGCUUGACCUGACCAGUGACAUUACUGAAGCUCUUAUCAAGCCCAGUCGCUCAGCCCUUCAGGACUCUAAAGGCCCAGUCAAACUUGCUAUCCAGGUCCCGAGCAGAAACCACUACUUCUAUCAAUCCCAACAUUUGUUGGGGCUCCAUGUGAUGAAGAGGAGGCAGUUGAAGUUGGCAGGUUACAGGGUUGUAGACCUCAGCUAUCAGGAGUGGUUUCCAAUGCUGAGAAAAAGCAGGGCUCAGAAGCUGGCAUACCUGCACUGCAAAGUCUACAACAGUCUCACAUGAUUGGCUGAAUGCUCAGAGCCAGAAGAAAUCCCAGCGAACUGAGACUAUAAUGCAAUCAUUGAGCCCCCUUUGGCUUCUGGACAAUCUUUAGUUUGUUAUGUGUUUGUGUAUGUGCAAAGCACAAAAAGAGCUCUGUCAAUGAGAUGGACAGACCUUCGAUUAAUCCCAUUCACUUUUUUUUACAUGUUUGGUUAAAAGGAUUUGUUUUUUUGUGACAUUUUUUAUGGAA